UCCCCUUCGGACGGCUGCAGAGGGAGUCGCAGCGCCGACGCCAGGCUUUGUAGGGACAGCGUGGGCCCCCUCCCCGCUCCCACCGGCCGCCCCAGGAAUCCCCUAGACGAGCAGAAGCAGGUCGCUGCCCGGGCGAGUCAGCAGGGCAGUCCGCGGGCGGCCGGACGCACCGACGACUAAGCCCCUGUGGUCGCCUCAGCGCACUCUGCUCUCCUCGGUGCCAUGGGGUCACCGGCCACCUCCAGCCGCCCGGGGGGCACCUGCUGGAACCCCCGAAAGGGCUUCCUGCCGCAGCUCAUCCUGGCCCUCCUGGUGGCCAUGGGUCAUGCCCAGAGGGACCCGGUGGGGAGAUACGAGCUGGCCGGCAGGGACGCGGCUCGGCUGCGGCGCCCUGGAGCCAGCCACCCCGCAGCAGCAGCUGCAGCCAAGGUGUACAGCCUGUUCCGCGAGCAGGACCCGCCCGUCCCGGGCUUGCCGCCCGCGGAGCGGACGCAGCCGGGCUGGGGGAGCCCCAGGAGGCUCACCGAAGCCGAGGCCAGGAGGCCAUACCGCGCGCAGAACUCGCUGCGCCGAAUCCAGCCACCUGCGCAGAAUCGGAGAAGCAGCGCCCUGGGCCAGCCGCAGCCCGCAGCCUGGACCCGGGCGGCGCCGGCUCUCACGCGCCUUCGAACCCCGCAACGGCCCCCGGCGGCGCCGCGAGGGCGGCUCACGGGGAGGAACGUCUGCGGGGGACAGUGCUGCCCGGGAUGGACCAGAGCCAACAGCACCAACCACUGUCUCAAACCCGUGUGCGAGCCCCCGUGCCAGAACCGGGGGUCCUGCAGCCGGCCCCAGCUCUGCGUCUGCCGCUCGGGUUUCCGCGGUGCCCGCUGCGAAGAGCUCAUUCCCGAGGAAGAGUUCGACCCCCGGAACGCGCGGCCCGCACCACGGCGCUCCGCCGAGGCCUCCCCCAGCCCGCGCAGGGGCCCAGCGCCCAGAGAACACCCCGAGGCCAGAACGCAACCGCGGGCUUCCCAGCUGCCACCGCCACCAGCUGCCAGGACCCUGAGUGGACUCAGCCAGACCCGGCCUCCCCAGGAGCACACCGGGCUCUCACGGACUGUCCGACGUUACCCAGCCACGGCUGCCAGUGGCCAGUUGACUUCCAAUGUGCUGCCAAUGGGAGCAGGGCCAGAACCCAGGGCUGGUGCCCAGCAGGCUGCACCCCCCUGGGGGCUGAAUCUCACGGAGAAGAUCAAGAAGAUCAAGAUUGUCUUCACGCCCACCAUCUGCAAGCAGACGUGUACCCGUGGACACUGUGCCAACAGCUGUGAGCGGGGUGGCACCACCACCCUGUACAGCCAGGGGGGCCAUGGGCAUGACCCCCAGUCUGGCUUCCGCAUCUAUUUCUGUCAGAUUCCCUGCCUGAACGGAGGCCGCUGCAUUGGCCGGGAUGAGUGCUGGUGCCCCUCCAACUCCACUGGCAAGUUCUGCCACUUGCCUGCUCCGCAGCCCGACAGGGAGCCCCAAGCAAGGGGCUCGCACCGUGGGGCCUUGCUGGAAGGCCCACUGAAGCAGUCCACCUUCACUCUGCCUCUCUCCAACCAACUGGCCUCUGUGAACCCAUCGCUGGUGAAGGUACACAUCCACCACCCGCCCGAGGCCUCUGUGCAGAUCCACCAAGUGGCCCGGGUGCGGCCCGAGGCCGAGAGGGCCCCAGAUGACAACAGUGUGGAGCCCAGGCCCCCAGCACAGCUUCCUGCCGGUCCCGGCCCUGGCCACUGGGACAGCAACACCAUCCCUGCUCGGUCAGGAGAGCACCCUCGGCCAGUUCCCCCGGCAGUGCUCAGACCCCAGGGACUGCUGGGUCGCUGUUACCUCAGCACCGUGAAUGGACAGUGUGCCAACCCCCUGCUGGAGCUGACCACCCAAGAGGACUGCUGUGGCAGCGUGGGGGCCUUCUGGGGGGUGACUUCGUGUGCCCCUUGCCGGCCAAGACCAGCCUCCCCAGUGAUUGAAAAUGGCCAGCUGGAGUGUCCCCUGGGGUAUAAGAGGCUCAACCUCACUCACUGCCAAGAUGUCAACGAGUGCCUGGCCCUGGGCCUGUGCCAGGACUCGGAGUGUGUGAACACCAGGGGCAGCUACCUGUGCACCUGCAGACCUGGCCUCAUGCUGGAUCCAUCACGGAGCCGCUGUGUGUCGGACAAGGCUGUGUCCAUGCAUCAGGGACUGUGUUACCGAUCCCUGGGGCCCGGCACCUGCACCCUACCUCUGGCCCAGCGGAUCACCAAGCAGAUCUGCUGCUGUAGCCGAGUGGGCAAAGCUUGGGGCAGCCAGUGUGAGAAAUGCCCCCUGCCUGGCACAGAGGCCUUCCGGGAGAUCUGCCCUGCCGGCCAUGGCUACACCUACUCCAGCUCAGACAUUCGCUUGUCCAUGAGGAAGGCUGAGGAGGAGGAGUUGGCCAGGCCCCCACGGGAGCAACAACAGAAGAGCAGCGAUCCCCUGCCUGCAGCAGCAGAGAGACAGCCCCUCCGGGCAGCCACUGACACUUGGCUUGAGGCUGCAACUGUCUCUAUGUCUGAUAAGGAUGCCUCUCUUGCUGUGGCUGGCCAGGCCCCAACCAGGGUUGCCCACCUACCUGCUUGGGUCCCAGAGGAUGUCACCGGCAGACCAGCACCACCUCUACCCAGACAGGAGAUUGCAGAGACCCUGAAAGUGGAACACGUGACACCUUCUGUUGCUGUGCCUGUGACUCCAAGCCCCCCAGGCAUUGACCGAUGUGCUACUGGCGCAGCCAACAUCUGUGGCCCAGGAACCUGUGUGAACCUCCCAGAUGGAUACAAAUGUGUCUGCAGCCCUGGCUACCGGCUGCACCCCAGCCAGGCCUACUGCACAGAUGACAACGAGUGUCUGAGAGACCCCUGUGCAGGAAAAGGGCGCUGCGUCAACAGCGUGGGCUCCUACGCCUGCUUCUGCUACCCUGGCUACACAUUGGCCACCUCAGGGGUGCUGCCAGAGUGCCAAGAUGUGGACGAGUGUGAGCAGCCAGGAGUGUGCAGCGGAGGGCAAUGCACCAACACGGAGGGCUCCUACCACUGUACAUGUGACCGGGGUUAUGUCAUGGUGAGGAAGGGCCAAUGCCAAGAUGUUGACGAAUGCCAUCACCCGGGCACCUGCCCCCACGGGAGAUGCAUCAACUCUCCUGGCUCCUACACCUGCCAGGCCUGCGAAGAGGGGUACCGAGGCCAGAGUGGUAGCUGUGUAGAUGUGAACGAGUGUCUGACCCCUGGGGUGUGUGCCCAUGGAAAGUGCAUCAACCUAGAAGGUUCUUUCAGAUGCUCCUGUGAGCAGGGCUAUGAGCUCACCUCUGACGAGAAGGGCUGCCAAGAUGUGGAUGAAUGUGCCAACCGAGCCUCAUGCCCCAUGGGCCUCUGCCUCAAUACCCAGGGCUCUUUCACCUGCUCGGCCUGUGAGAGUGGGUUUUGGGUAAAUGAAGACCACACUGCCUGUGAAGAUCUGGACGAGUGUGCCUUCCCGGGAGUGUGCCCCACUGGGGUCUGCACCAACACCGUGGGCUCCUUCUCCUGCAAGAACUGUGAUGAGGGCUACCAGCCCAGCCCACUGGGCCACACCUGCAUAGAUGUGGAUGAGUGUGAAGACCCCCAGAGCAGCUGCCUUGGUGGUGAGUGCAGGAACACAGCUGGCUCCUACCAGUGCCUGUGUCCCAAGGGCUUCCAGCUGGCCAACGGCACUAUGUGCAAGGACGUGGAUGAGUGUCGAGAGGAGGAGCAUUGCGCACCUCAUGGCGAGUGUCUCAACAGCCCUGGGUCUUUCUUCUGUCUCUGUGCACCCGGCUUCUCGAGCGUGGAGGGAGGCACCAGCUGCCAGGAUGUGGAUGAGUGUGCAAGCACAGACCCAUGUCCGAGGGGACACUGUGUCAACACUGAGGGUUCUUUCCACUGCCUGUGUGACCCUGGCUUCCAGCCCUCUGCAGACAGCAAGGAGUGUGUGGAUAUUGAUGAAUGUGAGGAGCGCAGUGGAGAGCUGGUAUGUGGGACCGGGAAGUGUGAGAAUAGCCCUGGCUCCUUCCACUGUGUCUUGGGCUGCCAGCCGGGCUUCCACAGGGCCCCAACUGGAGACUGCAUUGACAUAGAUGAGUGUGCCAACGACACCCUGUGUGGGAGCCAUGGCUUCUGUGACAACACAGAUGGCUCGUUCCGUUGCCUCUGCGACCAGGGGUUUGAGACCUCACCCUUGGGCUGGGAUUGUGUAGAUGUGAAUGAGUGUGAGCUCAUGUUGGCCGUGUGUGGGGACGCGCUCUGCGAGAAUGUGGAGGGCUCCUUCCUGUGUCUCUGUGCUAGCGACCUGGAAGAGUACGACGCCCAGGAGGGGCGCUGCCGCCCGCGGGGUCCUGCAGGUCAGAACAUUCCUGAGGCUCCCACGGGGCACCAGCCGGUGGGCCCCAUGCGUGCCGAGUGCUACUCCGGGCAGGUUGGCCAGCCAGCUUGCUCCAGCCGCCUGGGCCAGAACACCACCCAGGCGGAGUGCUGCUGCACCCAGGGCAGGGGCUGGGGAGACACCUGUGACCCCUGCCCAUUUGAGGACUCAGUGGAGUUCAGUGAGCUGUGCCCCAGCGGCAGAGGCUACAUUCCUGUGGAAGAGGCCUGGAUGUUCGGGCAGACCAUGUACACAGAUGCCAAUGAGUGUGCGAUGUUUGGGCCUGCUCUCUGUCCCCACGGCCGCUGCCUCAACACCGUGCCUGGCUACAUCUGCCUGUGUGAUCCUGGCUACCACUAUGACGCUACCCACAGGAAGUGCCAGGAUCACGAUGAGUGCCAGGACAUGGCCUGUGAGGACGGUGAGUGUGUGAACACAGAAGGCUCCUUUCACUGUUUCUGCAACCCACCCCUCACCUUGGACCUAAGCGGCCAGCGCUGUGUCAACAGCUCUGGCAACCUGGAGGACCUCCCUGACCAUGACAUCCACAUGGACAUCUGCUGGAAGAGAGUCACUCAUGACGUAUGCAGUGAGCCCCUACGCGGGCGCCACACCACCUAUACUGAGUGCUGCUGCCAGGAUGGCGAGGCCUGGAGCCGCCAGUGCGCCCUGUGCCCCCCCAGGAGCUCUGAGGUCUACGCUCAGCUGUGCAACGUGGCCAGGAUUGAGGCAGAGCGGGAGGCUGGGGUCCACUUCCGGCCAGGCUACGAGUACAGCCCUGGCCCUGAUGACCUGCACUAUGGCCUCUAUGGCCCGGACGGAGCCCCCUUCUACAACUACUUGGGCCCUGAGGACACCAUCCCUGAGCUGCCAUUUCCCAACGCUGCCAGCCCCCCAGGGGAUCGCACUCCAAUUCCGGAAUCUCCUCUGCAGCCCUCGGAGCUCGAGCCCCACUAUGUGGCCAGCCAUCCAGAGCCCCAGGCUGGCUUCGAAGGGCUGCAGGCCGAGGAGUGUGGCAUCCUGAACGGCUGUGAGAAUGGCCGCUGUGUGCGCGUGCGGGAAGGCUACACCUGCGACUGCUUUGAGGGCUUCCAGCUGGAUGCAGCUCACAUGGCCUGCGUGGAUGUGAAUGAGUGUGACGACCUCAAUGGGCCUGCUGCGCUUUGUGGCCAUGGUCAUUGUGAGAACACCGAGGGCUCCUACCGCUGCCACUGCUCCCCAGGUUAUGUGGCUGAGGCAGGCCCCCCGCACUGUGCUGCCAAGGAGCAGCAGUGAGGGGUCCAUCUUGCCAGCU